AUGAUAGGCCACAGUUUUUCAUAUCCCUGUUUUUGGUUUCUGUCUAAGCUGGAUUGUCAGACUUCCCUUUUACCAACGGUUCUUACCCAUUUUAUUAUGCAUAAUUACAUAAAUGAAUUCAUGAAUAAAAAUGAAUAAUCAUGUGUAUUAUAUUGCAAAAAGACAAAAGUUUUCUUUAAUUACCUGCUUUGAUGUCUUACGAAGGUGGGCUUAGAAAACGAGUUCAAGUUUCUCUUAUUUAAGGGGAAGUUGUAAUCAGUAACCAUCAGUCAUGGGCAUGUGAGGAGUGCUCACUGGAGCACUCUGAACUUUAAGCCUCCUUUUAAUAUCCACUUCGCGUUUAUUUCUUGCCACGGGAACGGUAACGUUAGAUGGAUUCGUCCUUGGAGAGCUCCAGCUCAUCGAACGGUAUGCCGGUGCGCUGCUGUCGUACCUGUAAGAUUAUUGUGAUCGGAGAUGCCGGUGUCGGUAAGACCUGUCUGACACACCGCUUCUGCACCGGACAGUUUCCCAGCAGAACGGAGGCGACAAUUGGUGUGGAUUUUCGUGAGAAAGUUCUUGAGAUAGAAGGCGAGAAAGUCAAAGUACAGCUUUGGGACACGGCUGGUCAGGAGCGUUUUCGUAAAAGCAUGGUGCAGCACUACUAUCGCAAUGUGCACGGGAUUGUCUACGUGUUUGAUGUCACUAAUCCCAUUAGUUUCCGCAAUCUGCCACUGUGGAUGGACGAGUGCCGUCAGCACUCUCUUGGGCCAGAUAUACCCCGGGCCCUUGUUUGCAACAAGGCCGAUCUGGUCACUUCGACGACUACAUCUGUGUUAAUCGAGCAGGCUCGUCAUUUGGCCGAAGUCCAUGGAAUGUCUUUUUAUCUUACUUCAGCCAAAGGUCGCAAAGGGGACCAGGUGGACAGCAUCUUUUUGACAUUGGCAAAGAGUCUGAAAAGCCAGAGAAGGCAGAGUGUGAACGAAUGUGUGUUACAGUGCAGAUCUGAGAGCUUCACAAUCCCAGCAAAAAUUAUAAUAGCACAAGAGAGCAAGAAGAAAUGGGCCUGCAUCUGCUAACGGACAGAUGUACACAAGAGUGGUGUGCUAUUUUCAGUAUGUCCACUAACGGGGACAAGAGUAAAUAGCAAUUGUGUCAUUUGAGAAUCACAAGUCUGUGGUCAGAAAGAGAAAAAAAUCUUUAAACUUUUUGCAGUCAAAGCAACUUGUCAAUAAUUAUGUUGGCCAUUAUAUAAAUGAGGAAUUAUGAAGGAAUUCCUCCAGCAUGGAGCUUUCUACAGAGAAGUGUAACACUGCUAGACUAAAUGACUUCACUCUAAACCUGGAGAUUACAAAAACUGCUUAAUGGAGCAAAAAGGACUAGUGACUUCACAGGUUAUAAAGGGUAGCUUUUGGUUGUAUAAAAGUUUUUGUAGUCUCUGACAAAUGAUUCUUCGCUUAUUUGUUCUUGCUGCUCUGUGCUGUCCCAUAUAUGUGGGUCUAAGGCUACUGACUAACCAUAUACAUGUAACCGUAUAACACAAUUUAAAUAUAUGACACAUUUUAAAUAUAUUUAACAGCAAAGUUGUUUUAUGAUUCAAUAAAAGAAGUACAUUGUCUCAUAGUUAA